AUGUCGAAUCCCUUUGCAAAGGUGUUUGGUCCGGAUUGUUUUGCAAAAAUACAGGCUCACCCCAAACUUUCACUCCUCUUGCUGCAGCCAGAUUAUGUUCGCAUGCUUGAUGAAAUUAUAAAAGACCCCUCUUCAGUUACGAGAUAUAUCAAUGAUCAGCGAAUAAUGACCACUUUCAUGAUACUCAGUGGCAUAAACCUUCCUGGUGACGACGAGGAGGAAGAGCGGCCAAAGCCAGAGACACAGAAGCCGAAAGAGGAAGAGAAAAAGAAGCCAGAGGCACCAGAACUAACCCCGGAGGCACGGGAGGCGCAGCAGCUUAAAGAAGAGGGGAAUGCCCUCUACAAGCAGAGAAAAUUCGAUGAUGCUUUGGCGAAGUACCAUGAGGCGUUUGCAAAGGACGGCACAAACACUGUUUACCUCCUUAACAUCACUGCUGUGUUUUUUGAGAAGGGUGAAUAUGAUGCCUGCAUACAGGAGUGCGAAAAGGCACUGGAACACGGUCGUGAGAACCGAUGUGACUACACCGUGCUUGCAAAGCUCAUGACACGUGAGGCGUUAUGCUUGCAACGAUUGAAGCGCUAUGAGGAAGCCAUUGCGUUGUUUAAGAAGGCAUUGGUGGAACACCGUAACCCUGAUACUCUUGCCAAGCUUAACGCCUGUGAGAAGGAGAAGGAGAAGUUUGAGAUCGAGGCGUAUAUCAACCCUGAGAUUGCACAGCAGAAGAAGGAUGAGGGUAAUGCUUUAUUCAAGGAAGACAAGUUCCCUGAAGCAGUGGCUGCGUAUACCGAGGCUAUCAAACGCAAUCCGUCCGAGCACACAGCAUACAGCAACCGUGCUGCUGCGUACCUUAAGCUUGGGGCGUACAAUGAGGCUCUUGCGGACGCCGAGAAAUGUAUUUCUCUGAAACCGGACUUUGUCAAGGCAUACGCCAGAAAGGGUCACGCUCUCUUUUGGACGAAACAGUACAACAAGGCCCUGCAGGCAUAUGACGGGGGUCUGAAAUAUGACAAGGACAAUGCGGAGUGCAAGGAAGGGCGCAUGCGCACCAUGAUGAAGAUUCAAGAGAUGGCCACUGGACAGGCAGAAGAUGGUGAUGAAGUUGCAAGGCGUGCCAUGGCAGACCCGGAGGUUGCUGCUAUUAUGCAGGACAGUUACAUGCAGCUGGUUCUGGGUGAGAUGCAGAGGGAUCCCUCUCGAAUUCAGGAGUACAUGCGGGACCCGACGCUUGCUGCAAAGAUCAACACACUCGUUUCGGCCGGUAUUAUCCGUUUUGGAAAAUAA